GGUGCGGGGUGAGGCGGCCGUGCCGGGACGGGUCCGAUCGGUCACGGGGUUCUGCGCACUAGUGCCCGCUGUCCGCGGGCUCCGGACACUCAUCGGAGCGCAUACACAGCAACAGCCCUGGGGGCACCCAGCGCCCCAUCAUUCUGCUCGCACCAGGCCUCGGUCACUCCGGGAGACUUCUAAGGGCUUGACCUUUCCUGGUGGUUCCAUUAUGGAUGUAACUGUGGCUGAGUACAUCCGAAGAACUGUGUUAAAAAUGCCAAGGGAUGAAAUCAAAAUGAUGCUGCAGAAGUGGGGCUUUCUGUCUGAGGCACAACUGCAGACAAUAAAUUUCCACCAGAUCAAGGACAAUAUUUCUCAAGAAGUUGUUCAACUCUGUGAGGAAAAUUCUGCAGGCAUAAAGCAAGCAGCAGCUCUAGACAUCAUUUACAACCACAUCUACCAAAACAAAAGAAUGUGGAGUGUUUACCAGAUGAAAAAAUCAGGAGAAGAAGUGGACUAUUUUGACAUAGCAGAUUUCAAAAAAAAGUUUAAAAGAAGAAUUCGGUCAGCUUUGAAAAAUGUUACCAUCACCUUUAAAGAAUAUGAGGAUAAUGCAAUCUGGAUUAGAGUUGCUUGGGGAACACCAUAUAAAAAACCAAACCAGUACAAACCCAGCUAUGUUGUGUACCAUUCACAGACUCCCUAUGUCUUCAUUUCUGCCUCAAUGCUGAAGAGCAACUUGCCUCUGCUGUGUCAGGCCCUGAUUGUUGCCUCCAAUUACCAUGACAUCCGUGAAAUGGAGCUUCGAAGUCAUUCUUUAAACUCCCUUAAAGAUAUUGUGUUUAAAAGAUAUAGCCAGAACUUCCAAACUUACACUCCAAAACCUCUGCAAGGAGAGAAUGUAGAACCAGAAUAUGCAGAUAUAAGAAUAAUUCAUGAAAAUGGAAGUGAGAAAGAAAGAAUCCACAGACUGAAUCAGGAAGUUUUUGGUAGUGGUCCCCAACCAAAACUCGAAUUUGCACAAUACAAGCUUGAGACAAUGUUUAAAAGUGGUCCUAAAAUGGAUGUUUUGGAUAAAAAGGAACCAUUCAGAUGUUUGGUCAGGUUUUCUAGUCCACAUCUUUUGGAAUCACUGAAAUCCUUGGCACCAGCAGGUAUGGCUGAUGCACCACUUUCACCACUCCUUACAUGCAUACCACAUAAAGCUAGGAAUUAUUUUAAAAUCAGAGAGAGAAAAGAAAGUUUUGUAAGCCCUUAAUUUAAAACUGAUUCAUAGAGAAAUAUGCAACUUAUUUAUUACUGGUAUUAAUCUAAAUCAUCAUAAGCUUUCAAAAAUAGCUUAUUCUUUGUUAAUGCCUUAAAGUUUUUUUCCAAAUUAUAGCUCAUUAAUUAUUUUUCCACAAUUAUCUUUAACAGAAGUUAUCUUUAACUAAUAAAAAAAGGUAGUCACAAGUUUAAACAGAGAUUGUAGAGAUUUUAAAUUUAAAUGUGACAAUUGCUUUUAACUGUACUUUUAAUAGUAUUUGUGAAGUUAAUAAAGACACAAUAAUGUAGGUAUUGUAGGUCAAGCUGUAGGUAUUCAAUUUGCUAUCAUAGCUGUAAGUGGCUACAAUACUCUAGAUGGCCUUUAAUAUUUUAGACAAAACACUUGCCCUGUUAGGAACAGGGAGAGCAGUCCCAUUCACAUGGGUGGGGCUCCCUGGCUGCAGCUCAGGCAUGUUUUUAUCUAAGUAGAUAAAUUGUAUUCUAAGACUAUUUCAGGGCAUAGAGGAGAAGGGACGUUUGGGGUAUAGAUGUCAAUGAAAACCUCCCAUCCAUCUUUAGGAGGUGUUAAUUCGGCUUCCAAAGUCUUUCUCACCAAGGGCAGCAGCCAGUAACAAACACUUGAAAAUCUGCCUGUUGCUAUUAAUGCCUUAUGAAAUUUUAUGUUGGAAGAACACAUUGAAAGAAGCAGUAUUUUCUUUUGAGAAAGGUACGUGUUUUAGAAUAUCUCAGUAUUUGAUCCUUCCGAAAUCCUUGCCCAUUGCCACCGGUUUUCUUGCCUGGGGACAAAGAUGAAAUCAACAUGGCAACAGUCACUAAUGCUUUGCAUUGGAGUUCUUUACAGUUGGUAAACAUUGGUAAUUGUAUAGAUAUUUCCCACUUUGUUUUUUGAGAUUGAUCUGAAGAUUCAUUUAAAAUGUACAAGUUUUUAUUUUUACUUCUGUUAUCUGGAUUGUUUUGUGUGUACUUGAUGUAUGUAGAAUUCCAAUAUACUUUUAAUAUCUCAGUGUGCAGAAGCAUCUGUAUUUCCAGAGGUUGUAUGGGCAUGUUUUUUAGACUGUAAAUUAAGUCAUCUUAUAAAAGUUUGUUUGGCCUGAC